AUGGAGCCGUGGCUGUUUCGACUGGUGAGCGGGAGCGGGCCCACGGUGUCGGCGAGCCUGGUGGCCGCGGGCGCCGCGGCGGCCGCCGUCGCUCUGGUGUUGGCGCUGCGGGCGCUGCUGUCGGUGGGCCGCCAGGCGUCGGCGUGGCUGCGCAUGCGCCGUUUGGCGGCACAGAUUCCCGGCCCGCGGGACACACACCCGCUUAUGGGCGACGGCCGCCUCCUCCGCGGCGAGCCACUGGUCGACCUAACGCGCAUCUACCUAAAGCAUGGAGCACCGUGCAGGCUGUGGGUGGGUCCGCGCCUCUGCGUGCUGCUGGCCGACCCGGAGCACGCGCGCGCCGUGCUGAGCGGCGGGCCGCACGUCAACCGCGACGACUACAUGAUGGACGUGCUGCGGCCCUUCACCGGCGAGGGACUGCUCGUCUCCCGUGGAGACCUCUGGAGGCAGCGCCGCAGGUUGAUGAGCCGCGUGUACAACGCGCCGUGGUUGCAGCAGCAGUACGCUUCAAUGCAGCGCGCCGCGGACAAGCUGGUGGGUGGGCUACGCCAACUGUGGGCGGAAGGGGUGGCUAGCCACAAGGAGAGCAUGCGCCGGCUGGCCGUCUGCACGCUGGACAUGACCGCCGGCUCCGUCUUCGGCCUCCAAAUCGCCGGCACGGAGGAGGGUGACAAGUUUUUCCGAGACUACACGAAGGUCAUACACUCGCUGCACUCCAGAGUGUUGCAGCCGGCGCUGCUGUUCAACCCACUAUUCAAGCUGUCCAAACUGGGCAGAGAGCAGGCCAAGGUGCUCAAGACUGUGCAUCUCUUCAUAGACGACGCUAUUAAAUCCGCUGCUGAAAAAAUGCUGCAACGACGAAUAUGCCAAAAGGAAGCUGACAGUGUGUCUGGCAUCAAGGAUAAGGAUAGGCGAACGCAGUCGGUGCUGGAGACGCUCGUGGGGCUUACGGGGGACCGGCGGCUGCUGCGCGAGGAACUGGCCACGCUGCUGCUGGCCGGCCAGGACACGACCGCCACGGCGCUCUGCUUCGCCCUCCAGUUGCUCGCGCUGCAUCCUCAGGUGCAGGAGGCGGCGAGGCACGAUGAGGCGCUGCAGGAGCGCGUCAUCAAGGAGGCGCUGCGCCUCUUCCCGCCGGGCCCGCUGCUGUCGCGCGAGCUGGCCGCCGACGUGGCGCUGGCCGGGGAGCCGCCCACCGUCCUGCCCGCGGGCUGCACCGCCGUCGUCUUCGUCUUCUUCCUGCACCGCGACCCGCGCGUCUGGGACGACCCGCUCUCCUUCCGUCCGGACAGGUUCCUGCCCGAGGAGAGCAAGGAGCGGCACCCGUUCGCCUUCCUGCCGUUCGGCGGCGGGCCGCGCUCCUGCCUGGGCAGCAAGUACGCGCAGCUGCAGAUGCGCGCCGCCCUCUCCAGGUUGCUGCCGGCGUUCCGCGUGACCACGACGGCCACGCGCGAGGAGCUCGAGGACUUCCAAAUGGGAAUGGUCAUCAGCCCGCGGAAGGGUUUCAAGUUGCACUUUGAACCGCUGGACUGAUACGGGGUACCCACAGACACAGCUUUGAGCGUCAUGGACACAAAAUAAGUGCUUUCCUCGAUAAACCGACGAUUAAAUUGCUGCAGUAACUAAAAAUUUCACGUAAAAAUACUUCAGAUUCAAGUCGUUGAUAUCUUCAAAAAAAAAUAAUGUAGAUAAGGAAUUCGUGGCAUCACUCAUUCGCUCUCUAUUGGAUACUGCCACGCUUCAGACGGAUUUAGUGCUGGCUCAUAGUCGUUAGAGGAGCAGCAGACAGUGUUAUGAGGUUUUCUACGCAUACACUCUAAACGCAAAAUGUUAUCAUCUUAAUGUAACAGAAAUAGGCAAAAGUUCCUAUUUCUAGUCAAACUAUAUAAAAUUAGUCUUUAAGUGUAAGACAUAGUUUUAGCAUCACAUAUAGCUUGUAUUUAUGACUGGGAUGAAGAACAAGAUGUUAAAAUACAUUAGAAUCAUACAUGCUAUAACGGAGAGAUUAAAUGGCUUUUGAUCAUAUAGUAGCUAUUUGAGGACUUACAUACCAUUCAUCAUUAUUGAACACCGCUGAUUAUUUUAAAAGUUCCUUCCUGAGACUUAUUUUGUAAUUUCGUUUUCGUGUCAAAACGGUGCUAUUUUUAUGAACGUACAAAUAUUAGUGAGCUGUUAUACUAACUACGUUCUUCAGAACACAUACUCCUAACUACAAAGAGCUGAGCGUUAAAUACAUUGUAAUAAUAGCAGACAUUCAAGGUACAGUACUGGGUUUAUACUUCAUGUAUCGUUUUUCGAAACGUGUAUUGGAUGAUGUACCUCCUCUUACAUAUUAUUUAUUACUGUGCUUGUUAAGAAACACUCGACAUAAUUUCCUCCAUGUGCAAGAUACAAUUCAUUUACUUUUACGAGUAUGCGUUUAAGCACUUAAAGUAGAGUCUUUAGAGGUCUUUAUUUUUGGCGUAAUUUUAUACAUGUUUCUACAAUAUGCUGCAG